UGCACGUGGCGACGAGAAAAAAAUGUAACAGGAGCUUCUGAAAAAGCUCUUCUUGCCUAUUUUUCGGAACGAUCCAAGAUAUGUAAACCAUCCUGCCUGUGGACGUAUUAUUCUAUGGUGAGAGCGAUGCUGCGUUUGCAUGAAAAGAUUGACAUUUCUAAGUAUGGUAUCUUGAUUUCGUUUUUAAAAGCGAAAAAUGUAGGAUAUAAACCAAAGAAGUCACAGGUGUUGAGUCGAGAACAAGUAAUCGAAUUCCUCCAGCGCGCCCCCGAUGAAAAAUAUUUAUUCGUGAAGGUGGUAACUGUAUUGGGAAUAGCUGGUUGUUGUCGGACAUGCGAGCUAGUAAAUUUAAUGGUUGGUGAUGUUGAGGAUAGAGGAACUGUUUUCGUCGUAAAUUUGGUGGAUACAAAAACUCACAAAGAUCGUUAUUUUACUGUUAUUGAUGAGACUGCGGUGGAUUGUCUUGGUAUUCUUAGAGCUUACAUCAAAUUGCGCCCUCCCAACGUUCCACACAACAGAUUCUUUUUGAAUUAUCGCAAUGAAAGGUGCACUACGCAACCAGUGGGGAAGAACUCAUUUUCAAAAUUACCCUGUGAAAUUGCCAAAUUUUUGAAGUUGUCGAAUCCCUCUGGUUACACGGGGCAUUGCUAUAGAAGAACUUCUGCUACUUCGUUAAUUGAAGGAGGGGGCGAUUUGUGCAGUCUUCAAAUGCAUGGGGAUUGGAAGUCUUCAAAGGUUGCUCAAAGUUACGUUGAUCAAUCGAUGCCGCGAAAAAUGGAUGUUCAAAAGAGGAUUUUUUCAACAGUUACAGAAAAAGCUUCCACUUCGGUUACGACUGAUAUAGGUUGUAUGGUAACUGGUAGCAGCCAACAUCUUUCUUCUGUUUUCGCGAACUGCACGUUUAAUCAUUGCAAAUUUGAUAUGGGUGGAAAUUGCAACGAUCUUAAUGCUAGUGUCGGUGUAACGAAGUGUGAUAACAUUGAAAAUUAACGUGAUCUAGUUAAGAUUAUGUCAACCCCGCCAUGAGGGAAUUAAGUAGCCUCGAAUUCCCGUUGCCAAUGACAGCGGGAAUUCAGACGUUGUUUAUUUUGUUUAAAACAAAAAUGUUAUGUAGUAGUUAAGAUACCAGUAUGAA